GGCAGAAGCAAAACAGCAAAACAAACGUCCUGACUGGUCCUGAUCAAUCGUGAAAACGGAAAAACGAAAAAAAAAAACUGAAAACUAUUUUGAUUCGCUUUUAAUUUAAUGUCGCAAAUUUGAUUUCGUUAUCUCUUCAAUAGUUUUUAUUUUGCUCGAGUGCUUGAUUGUGAGUAAGUGUUUCCGUCAGAGGCAUAAAUGUUGCCGUGAAAAUCGUUUCUUGUUGUGUUUAAAAACCGUUCAAACGAUGGAUGAUCCCGCCUGCCAUAUGUACCUCAUUGCCGGAGACGACCGGCAUUUGCUGAGGGAGGGCAUAACCCUGAUCGGAUCCGCCGACAACGACCGGUACAGUUGCAUCCGACUCUCGGACAAGUCUAUAUGUGGCAAGCAUGCCGCCUUACGUUGGUCGCCCGCAACUCUGGACCUACAUGUGAUGGAUCUUUGCUCGCACGGAGGAACGCAGCUAACGGGAGGAUUGGAUCAAUCUACGACGACCCAGGAAAUUUCACCCCUCGAAUGGCACCGGGCAGCCUCCGACGGUGCCAUAGUUUUCGGAUCAUUCAAAGCCCGGUUCGAGAGUUCGGCCACCAGAACGCGGAAACGGUCGAUGUCGUUCUUUGACGAUUCGGCUGAUAUCGUCGAUUGCAGUUUAGAGGAAGCCCCACAAACUAAAUCACGAACAGAACCGAAGAAAAUCGUUCAGUCGAUUUCAAUACCCAGUGCCUCAGCCAGUCAAAUAAAGGACACUAGCUUCAUGAUCCCGGCAACGCAGCCUGCUGAUACUAGUACUACCACUCCCAAUGUCUCAAUCCGUCAGCCGGCGAAUGAUAGUCACACAGUCGCCGGUGGAGGCCCUGCAAACACUACCGAAGAUGACGACGAUUACAUGUUCUUCAUCCCGGAAACGCAGGAACAAGUCCAAACUUCAGUGGCCGAAGAAUCACAGAUCAUUGAACCCAUCAUUGGUCGAACGACCGCCAAAGAGGACGACGAUUUCCUACGCUUCGAGACUAUGGACGACGAGAACACGGGUGAUGGCAUGUUCAACAAUCCGUACGUCGAGCAGUCGCAGAAUCUGUUGCACAAUCUGGACGAAUCGUACAAGCGGGAUAUGGCCGGUGCCGAUCAGCGGAAGUCUAUUCUCCCCGAUCGGUCGGUUGAUUCGAUAUCGUUCCACGGUAAGCUUCCGGCCGAAACGACCGAUGACGAGUUGAGCAAGAUCGAGUGGAACGAAACCAAGAAUACGGAUCAGGAGCAGGAGCAAGAGCGCGAAGGAUCGGUCACACCGGAGCUGGAUUUCGAUAAACCUGUUGCGAGGGGCUCUGAUGUCCGCAAUCCAAUGCUGGACACGCUGCUCACCGAGGAACCACGCGUCGAGUCUGUCACUCCGGAUUUGGAGUUCGAUCGGAUAACGCCGCAGCAGAAGGAAGUGUCCGGAAAUGCUAGUAAGCUGUCGCUGAUGAAGUGUGUCAUCAGUCCAACAGCUGACCUUGAAAAAGAGCCCAAAGGCCAAGAGCAGUCGAUUACGCCUGAUAUGGACUUCGAAGAGCAACCGCCUGAAGAAGCGGAAAUUUCCCUCAACCAAGAAGGCGCGAACGAUCCGUAUGAUUUGGCUACUCAACCUAUUCUAGUUGAUAAGUUCGAGCCCGCAGCAACGUUCAAAGCCCCUUCAUCGUCGCCGUACGAUCUUCCGACGCAGAAAAUGCCGGAAGAAGAAAUCCGAGCUGCACGUCCUUUGAAGAAAUUGACAGUAGGGUUGAUCAAUCUAAAAUCUUCUAUGAAAGAUGUUUCCAUUCGGGCCAACAAACAGAUCGAGCUGGAUCCGUUUGAUUUGGUCACACAGCCACUUCCGAAAAACGACCAAGCCGAUAUAUACGAUCUGCAGACGCAACAUCUUCCGCAUUCAGCGGAUGACACUGUGCCUUUUGAUCUUCCACCGCCAUCUACCAGUAAGGUCAAACGGAAGUCUUCCACCGCACGUCCUCCACCAAGGAAAUCUCUGGGACAACCAGAUCCUUUCGAAAUAGCAACUCAACCGCUUCCUGUAGAGGAUCCUAAUGCCUUGUAUGACCUCCAAACGCAAGUCCUCUCCGAGAACGACCAAAAUGACACGAUUCCGCUGGACAUUCCCGCUCUGCCAACAACGGAUGACGCCUAUGACUUGCAAACACAGCCCUUGAUCGGUCAAAAUUCUGCCUCCAGCGUCGUUGGGGAUGAUGCUGACGAUGCCGAAAUUACCCAAAACUUCCGCCCCAAGGUCAACAGCACCUAUCGACAGUCCCUGCUCGUAAAACAACUAGAUCCCAUUGCGGAAGAUCGAGAGAAAGACAAGGACGACGCAGAUAUCUCUCCAUCUUCCAACAAGGAAAAUCGGGAGGAUGCUAACCCGCCGCGGGACCAGUCCAAAUUGGCCGCAGUCAGGCUCAAGUCGCGUAGUCUGACGCACAGCGAUAACAGCAAGUCCCACCUGGAUGGCGACGAGGAAUUGGAUGAGGAGUACUGCCUUGCCGCAACACUUCCCAUGGGGGACGGAAGUAGCAAAGAUUCCAGCGCUUCCGCGUCGGCUAAGGCUUCGGGCUCUAAACGAAGCAAACGCUCCGACCGCAAGCAAGAUAAGAAACCCGUGUUUAAAAAACCGGACACCAGUGCCGCUUCCAGUACGAAAAGUUCCCUUCCAUCCGGAUUCGAAACUCCUCGGUCCAGACAGAGUAGCACUAGCGGAACCGUUGAUACCGAUACUUUCGAUUUCAACACCCCUGAGCAUCCAUUCCUGGAUGUCGUAAAGAAGGAAAAAAUUCUGGCCAUUUCCGACAUGAUCAUGAGUCGCCCCUCUCGAGCGGAGAGUCUGGCUAAGCGGAACAAGUACAUUUUUGGCGACAGCUCGGACGAAGAUGAGGACCCGACGGCACCGGUGUUCCAAAAAGAGGACAGCAAAAUCCGCGUCAUGAAGUACGAUAAGGACGACAAUGGGACCCGCGAGGAAAAACCCGUACCUGUUGCUUCCGCAGCGCCGGAAAGACGAUCCAACAGGAGCAAGAAAAAGAACUCCCGAUAUUCGGAUGACGAAGAAGAAAAGCCCAAGACCAAAAUCAAAACGAUCAAAGAGUCGCCACCCGUCGUUCCCCCGAAACCAGUGAAGAAGGUUGACGAAUCCGUCGAUUAUGAACCCCCUGCCAAUAAGAAAACCCGAAAACGUAAGGCAGCAGAGGAGACACCUGCACCUGUAGUGGAACUACCCCCACCACCACCGCCGGCAAUAAAAGCCAGCAGUAAAUCGAAGAAGGCUGGUCCUUCUGCUUCCUCGGCAGAAAUUGAGGAAAAACCCGUCGUAGCUCCAAAGCGAUCCAAGAAACCGGUGGUGGAAUCGAAGAAACCUCCCGUCGUAGAAGUGUCCAGUGAAGAUGAGCACACCAAUGCAUCCGGAACCGACUCCUCCAGCAGCGGUACCCGGAAGUCAUCGCGGGCCAGCAAGCCGAGGCUCAUGUUCACCAAGAUGAGUCCGGAGCCGUACCGGCGGAUGAUUACCAGGGCCGGCGGUCUGAUAGUCGACCUACCCGAACUAGCUUCAGUCCUAGUAUCGGACCGUGUCUACCGUACGUACAAAUUCCUAUGUGCCAUAGCCAAGGGUAUCCCGAUCGUUGGCGAAGCGUACCUGGAAGCAACGAAAACGCACCGAGAUUUCGUUGACCCGUGGGACUACAUUCUGCAGGAUCACGAAAUGGAACGACGGUUCAAGUUCAAUCUUAAAAAGUCCCUUAGCUUGGCCAGGGAGGCCAAGAUAUUUCAGGAUUAUUCCGUCAUCGUAACACCCAGUACCAAGCCCCCGCCGGAAGAAGUUCAACUCAUUGUUAGCAGUGCCGGUGGUCGCGUGAUCAAGUUUCCGGCUCAGCAACCGAAGCACGCGGAGAAGCUGUUUGCCGUGUCCGACCUACAGGAUAAGGACUUGUGGCCCCGCUUUCGCGAGAGGUACCCCACGAUUGAGAUUAUCAGCACCGAAGGAUUUAUGCUGUCCAUCAUGCAGCACUACAAAAACUUCCGCAGCUAUCGGCUGACGUGAGGUGAACAUAUUUUAACUGUUGAUCCUAUUUUUCUCUCUUUGUAAAAACAUGCAUCUCUUUUUACUGUUGAAUUAAAAUCAGUCUCGAAAAAACAUUAA